AUGGAGCUGUUCUCUUUGCAGUUCAACUCAUCGCCGGUCGAAAUCCACUCCUGCGUACCAGACGAGUUUGACCCGUCGAUUUUAGGAUACUAUUACACCACAAAGGAAUUACCUAACGAAGGUCGCGUCCACGGCAUCAACCCAGCUGUGGUCGAGAUAAUUAGGGAUAAAUUACAGACAGAACCAACGCGACGCUUCCUCGAUUGUGCCAUCUGUCAACCUAGCACGCUUUCACCUCAACACGAGGAGCAAGAACUGCAACGCGGGAAAGGAACAUUUGAACUUUGCUGGAAUAGUGGUCCAAAGGCAACAGCGUCCUUGAGAGUGAAAGGCCAACAGCUGCAUAUCCAUAUCGGAUCGAUGGAUCUCAUCGGGAAUGCCGAGUAG